GCCGCGAAACAACAUGGCGGACCGCGCUCUCACGCCGGUACUCUGUCUCACGCAGUGAUUUGCGACGGCAUUCGACGGAGUUGCGGAAACGCGCGCGGGACGUACGCAUGCACGCACGCACGCGACAAGUACGCGUAGGCCUUCUCCAAGAGAGCACGGUAGGAUUUUCGCGCGUGUCACGGCCGAUUCUCGUGCGGCGUUUCUUCCUCGUCAUCGCCUGGCGUCUCGCGGUCCUGCCUCGUCGUUGUGUCAAUAUCGAUCAGCAUUUCGUGACGGCGGCGAUGUGCCGCCGCGGAUGAUGGGGCUAACGCCAUCGCGCGACAUCGUCGACCAGACCACGUCCCCGUGACAGCUUCGCUGAAGGAAGAGGCUGCGCAUCACCUGUCGCAAGGAUCAACGACGACGCCUCGUGUCCGCUUGUCCGGUAGCUGUCCGGUAACGAGAGUGCAGUAAGGGCCCGAGGAGCUACGUAGAUCAUGUCAGGGCCAGGGGCGGAGUGGUGACCUAGACCUCAUCCCUCGGCUCCGACCCUCGAUGCUUACGCUACGGCUGGUGUCGACUCACUUCCUGAAGCAGCCAUAGGCAGUGCCCUUCGCCUUAGAGAAAGGGCUUCGUGCGAUGUGCCGUGAUAGGGACAUGAACCCAGAACUAGUCGAGUCGCACGAUCUCCGCUCAACGGCGUUGUCGUCGUCGCCGUCGCCGUCGUCGUAAAACUAAAAUUAAAAAAGAAAAACAGACAACACGGUCGUUCGAAAUUUUCACGUGCACGCAAGAAGGACUUCUUCUUUUUCGACGGUCCUUCUAUCUCUCUCUCUCUGCUGCGAGAAUCUUUCUCGCCCUGGCAUACGUACUCACGAACGCAUACACACCAUACGCAUACGCAUCCCCACGAAUCGUUCCUUGCCCUCUAACUACAUAGACUAACAAGAACGAUUUCUUUUUUAUGAUGUCGAGAUAGAUUAAAAUUCUGACAGACGAAAUAGACGAAUCUCAGGCGAGCAAGUGUAUAUAUAUGAUAUCGCAUUUGGUACUCGGGUUACUCGCGAUAUUCGGUACAUAAAUCCGUGAUCCGGGUCGCGCAAAUCGGCCGGAUCGAAGGAAUACGAUCAUAACUCGGAAGAGACGACUUUAUCAAUAUAUACGGCGAAUCCAAAAGAAGGACGAAAGGAGGGAAGAAGGGAAGAGGACGAGACAGCUGCCACGCUGAACUCGGUAUACAUCAACCUGUGGAAAGCCGCGAGAGAGUGUAUUUGCGGCGGUGGGUCGCAGUACAGACAAAGUGGGAUGAGACGCCCUCAGCAAGAACAUCAUCAUCAUCAUCACCACCACCAUCAUCACCAUCAUCAUCAUGGAUCUUCAACAAGCCCCACGCGUUCUCGUCAAGCACACGAUAAGGAUGAAUCCCGUCUCGCACGCGUGAAGCGCGUCCUGGCGGGCUCGCUGCUCGGCCGCGGUGCCGGCUCCAGCAGGAUCUUCGGCACCCGGCUGGAGCUGAUCGAGUCAUACCUCGACACGGGUGUGCCAUACGUGGUGCAUCGGCUAUGCAGCUACAUCGAGGCGCACGGCUUCCAGAGCGCGGCGGUGUUUCGCCUGUCGGGCGGCAGUCCCCGGCUGGCAGAACGAUUGAGAGCUGCCUUCGAGCGGCGAGGCGAUGCCGAUCUGGAAGCAGCCGGGUGUCCGCCAACCGCCGCGACUCUCCUCCGUCAGUAUCUGAAGGAACUGCCGCAGCCCGUCGUGCCGUCUACCCUCGUCGGCAGACUGCUCAACGUACACGCUCAGAGUUACUCCAAUGAUCACGACUCGUGGAUCGCCUCGACGAAGGAGCUGCUCUCGACUCUGCCGUCCUCGCAUUAUCAUCUGCUCGGCUAUCUGACGAUCUACCUUAGUCGCUACGAGGUUCGACACGGACGCAGCGCCGGUGUUUGCGGCGUUUUCGCGCCUGUCAUUCUGCCGCACGUGCCACCGGCGACCACUCUACUGCGGGACAUUCUUGCCGAGGCGCUGGUGCUAUUUCCUGACUGUAACCGAGAGAAUACAGUGAAUGGCGUGAUAGCUGCCGGCGACUGCAAGAUCUGCAAGGAUACAAGGGACGAAUCGAAGGACUCCGAGGGUUCGUCUUUACUUUGCGCGCUGAAACCGCGUAAGCGUAAAGAACGUCGCGAAUCCUGCUGUCAAGAACGAAAGCUGAUAAGGAGCAAUAGUGAGGAACGUGUUCUUGAUAGCCCUACUGACGUCGCAGAUACGAUUAGACGUGUGAGUAGUCACGAAGAUUUCAACAGCCAGGAGCAUUUGCACAUUUUAUCGCAACUUGGACAAGACAUGGGUCACGGUGUAAGAUGCGGCGGAUUACCGCUUCACGAGAGAACCAAUGUUUCGCCCGUAUCGAAGAAAUCGUUAUCGGUUCCAUCUCCAUGUGAAGUGGUAGUGGCGACUGAAAAAUAUGAUUGCGACGCCGAGAGAUUGAGAAGUAGCGAACGCUUCAGCAGAAGCAUUACCCCAAGAGGCAGAAGACAAGCGCGUAGAAGAAGAGUACACAGAGUCCUGGAUACGGAUCAGAAUUCCAGCAAGGAAAACGAAGAGGAAUCUGAAAAUAUGUAUAUCUCCAAUAUAUCACCAAGUCCUAAUAGCCACAACGGUUCGCCAGCUCAAAGUUUCUUGGAGAUGUUAAGCAGCGGACCUAGUAGAUCACCCUCACCAGCUCGUCCACCUACUGUCGAUCACGAAGAUGUAAAUAAUCCCAGUUUAACUAAUUGGGGCUUUCAACAUUUGGAAGGAAACGAAGAAGCUGUGGAUGCUCGCGUGGAAGCCAUGCUUUCGCCAAGGAACUCGCUAUUGUUACCUAGAAGAUUUUAUUCCGAAGAAGAAAUUCAACCUAACACGCCUAAUCCAUCGGAAAUGGGUCUCAAAAACUUGGCUAAGCACAUUAACGGCCUGAAAAAGAAAAUAAAGAAGUAUGAGGACGAGUUUGAGGAGAAUUUCGGCUAUCGGCCGAGUCAUUCUGACAAAAUGAGUAAUCGCGACAUCAAGCGGCUAUGCACAGAGCUAAAUAAAUUGCGAAAGGAACACAAAUUAUUAAAGGAAGAUCCUAUAAGCGCGCUUCUGGCUAAUGCCAAUAACCGACUGAAUACCAAUGAUAGCUCGAUAAACAACAACAAUGGCCACGAGAAAUCACGAGUAACAUCGAUGGAAGAAAUGGUGAAAGAGGCAGAAAAAAAACUUAGUGAGAAGCGAAUUAAGUACAAUCGACCCGAUAAUAUGGAGGAGUUGAGCUACGAGCAAUUACUGGAUGAAAAGACGGCCGUGCAAAAGACAUUACUUCACAUCGAAAACUCUUUCGGUAGGCCGGUCUCGAAGGAAGACAGAACAGUUGUGCGACCACUAUACGAUCGAUACAGGACUUUGAAAAGACUUCUCAUCAGAACAGGCGCGAGCAAAAACAAGGACAGUGUAUCAGAAUUGGCCACGAUUUUGGAGCACGAAACGAUGGAUUUUACAUCAUCAAGUCUACCUGGAAAUCCCUCGGAAACCGAUAGGAGAGCCAGCGAGCCUGACAUGUCUCAUCGAGGCAUUUUGGAUUGUAUCGAUUCCACGGAUCAAUUACCAACCGAUAGCGAUAGUCAACAUAGUAGCAGUGAAGGCAGUCGCGGCACCGGUGAAAGUUUACACGCUCUUCCUCAGGAGGAGUUAUUAAUACAGCAACAAGCUACUCGAGAGGAGAAGAAACGACUUCGCAGAGCAUUAAAAGAGUUAGAAGCACAAUUCGAAGCCCGAGCCGGCCGUCGUAUGCAACGCGAGGAUCGUGGACCACAAGUCACCACCGUUUACGAAUCCUACAAGCAAGCAAAAGCGAAACUUAGACUGAUCGAUGCUCUCAUAGCUAAGAAAGCUUGACGCAGUAUUUAAUUUACAAAAAUCUGACUUAAAACAAUGAACUUGAAAUUUUUAAAUGGGCUUUAAAUGUUUGUAACAAGAUACAACUGUCACAUCACGAAUGCAAUACGGCUCAUUUACGCCGUCCGCAAUUUUUUUGUAUCAUGAAGUUACAAGUUACAAAGGGCCUGAAAAAAAAACAGUUCAUCAACCGAGCAUCCUCAGAAGCAAGAAAUGGUAAUGAGAAUUUAUUAUCCAGAAUCAAAAGAUUUUUAAAACAAAAACGGGAUAGUUCGUAAUAUUUGCAAGCAUCGUAGGAUUUACUUUGCUUUCAUAAGUUUGUAUUGAUUUGGGGUUUUUUUUUAGAUUCUGUACUCAUAACACUCGAACUGAAUAUUUUCAAUAUUAAUAUAACUUAUAUUUGCAACACUGUUGUUUUAAUCGAUAUAAUCGAUAUAUUAAAAAUGCAAACAGACAAGUUAUAGUGUGUAGUAAUAUGUUUACACAAUAAAAAUAUAAUAUCGAAAUAGCUUGAUCGAACAUUUGAACUCUUUAAAUAUUAAUGAUUCUAGAACAUAAAAUUAUUACAUCGUAACGAUGCAAUUGCGCGAUGAAGUAAUUGCAAAUUUUGUUCACUGAUACAUUUUAUUAUUAUAUUUAAUUAUUGAUAAUGGAAAUGUUCACUUGAUUGUCCUCCAUUUAUUUAUCUUACAUACAGGAUUAGGAUAAACUUUCUUAUCCUAACGAGAAACUGGAUGAUUGUUUUGGAAUAUAUUUACAGU